CAAAAGGCUAAAUAAAGUUGCUGGUAUCACAUGGAAUAGUCCUGUAUUUUCAAUAUCUAAAAAAUAAGAAUGCCUUCUCUUUCCAACGAGCAGAGAGCAGCGAUAGCUAUCGGAGUUCCAGUCAUAGCAUUAUUGCUCUAUCUCUGGUACAGGAAACGUCAAAGCUCACACUUUUCGGGGGAAGAUGCAGAUUAUGCGAAAGGAACAGAAAGCGAAAGGGUUGCCUCCUCGAAUCAAAAGACCGUCGAAGUGAAAGUCCCUCGCUCGGCUGUCGGAGUAAUUAUUGGAAAGUCUGGUGCGAAUAUUAAAAAGAUAGAGAAGGAUAGCGGUGCUCGUGUAAUUAUGAAGGAUGAAGAAGAAGGUAACGAGAAAGGAGAGAGGAUUGUACUGAUUCAAGGUGAACGCGAAAAGGCAAAACGUGCGGAAAUAUGGGUGAAAAAAAUUAUAGCGGAACAACCAGUCAUAAGAACUGAAGAAUUUUUCAUACCUCAGCGUGCUUGUGGAAGAAUAAUUGGCAAAGGAGGACAAACAAUACGAAACAUGAGCUCCAUUUCAGGUGGGGACAUUUCCUGUCAUUGUUGCCUUUGACAGUAGUCAAUAACAAAAGUUAAGGUUUCACCUUUUGUGCUAAUAUCUUUUAUCCCUUUUUUUACGUCCCAAGAGCGUUCAAGGUAAAUUUUCUCCUUACGACAUCAAAAUAUAGUCAAGAGAAAGUUUUCAAGUAUUAAUUAAGUGUUAACUAAAGAGAAAAUGUUUCGCACUUGGGCUAUUGCAUUUUAUUUUCCCCCCCCCCCCCCCCCCCCGGUUGAGGAACCAUGGAAUUCGGAAUUAGUCGAAUUAGUUGAUAUACUAUUUAUUGUAUAAGACUCCAAAUAAAAAUCAUGUAUGUAUGUAUCUAUGGAAUUCUGUGGAAGUGGAGCUUUUAGCCUGAAAUUCAUCCGAUUGCUUCGAGUCGUUUUCUCCUCUCUACAAUAUUUGAAUCGACCGGCCGUUAAUGCCAUCCAGUGACGUCACUCACUACCAGAAAACCGGGUAGUGAUUUUGAUUGGUUGAUUGUCUAAACAUUUACAUAAUUAUGUAUAAUUAUGAAAAAUUUUAGUGGGAUUGUCGCUUGAUAUUCAGCGGAUCGCAUCCCUGGCAUUCUUUCGUUUAGUUCAAACAGUUCGAUAAGCUUAAUCUUUAUCUUAAACAGCAAAAUUGCCCUUGUAUUCGAAACUGAAAUGCUAAAUUGAACUGUGAAUGAAGAAUCAUUGCAGAGAGUCGGUAGGUUUUUCAUUUAGAGCCACUUUGUAGUGUGGGCGGCGGGUGACUAUGUUUAUGCGAAGUUUUCUGAGAUCAAUGUUAUAAUUCAACCUUCUGGCUAUUUUUACCAUCAGGUGUAAUGAUUCUGUUAGCUUUUCUCUCUUGUCUCCUUGUUUUUUUUUCUUCGUUAAGGACCAAAUAGCUUCUUUUCAAUUAAAGCAAAUCAUUGUGUUUUUGAACUAAGUGUUCCUUGUGUGUGUUUAUUUCAUUGCGUAAUUGCGACCAAGUUUGAUUAUAGAAUUUAGUACAACCGUUCAGGGUUGUACUGCAUGCAGUUGAUAGUUUGAAAGUUAAACAUGAAUUUUGAUUUUAAAAAAAAAUAAAGCAGUUCUGUAUCAUGCUAACAUUUCCAAACGAUAUUUCUCGGUUUGGCACUUGAAAAUCGUGUUUUACUUUUUGCAUGAAUUAAAGCAAAGGUCAAGGAGUAGUGACGUCACUGGACGGCAUUAAUGGCCGGUCGAUUCAGACAUUACUGAGGGAGUAGUAACGACUCGAAGUAAUCAGAUGAAAUUCAGGCUAGAGCUUUAAUUUCCCCAAAAUUCUUCAGGGGUACACCCAUAUUCUUAAGGGCUAGGACUCAUAAUUAGGCUGACGGGAACGUCAGUUGACGACAGCAAAACAUGCGGAAAGGACUAAACACAACUUCCGGUGCCCAAUUUGCCGUGGCGCCAUUGGUCAAACCAUUUUGUUUAAUUUGCGCUGGCUGUCUUCAACUGACGUUCCCGUUCUGUUGCUAAAUCAGCCUAUGAUUUUAUUGUUUAUUGUUUAUUGUUUUGUUUGCCAAAAAAUUAUACAAAUCAAAUGAAAUCUAAUUACUUAAACUCUCAUGGCGAGGAAGCCCAAGAGAAGCCACCAGGCUUAUAAGGAAUGGGCUCCCUCAGUUAGAUAAAUAGAACAAAAUAUUAUCAUAAUUACACAUGGGAAAAUCAAUGGCAGAGCUACAGUAAAUCUGGAAGUCUUCUGGGCUGAAUGCAAUUUUAUUUAAUCUUCAAGUGUAAGAAGAAAAGUUAGGUCAUCAGCCAGGGAGGAGGGGAAUGGAUAUUAAAUGCAAUAGCCCCUUUUAUCAAAUUUUCUUAACUAAUUCUUAAACAAAAUGUAUGGAGAUCGAAUCUUGAGAAUUUGUCUGUGGAUACUGGGGCUCAAAGGGUUAAGACAGUCACAGAAUUCUUACAUUUCUACUAAAGACAUCAAAAAUAGAAGCCCAGAAAAGGUUGGUAAAGGAGAAGCCAAGUCAGUUUGGUUGCUUAUAACUGGAAAAUUGGCAAUACAUCUUCCAUUACAUGUGUAAAUAGCCCAUUGGUAGGAGGGGGGGGGGCUCCCAUAUGAUGGAGAUAGGGAUACUCAUCAUCUCAGAUGGAGGUAUGAUUAUGGGCUUCUGUCAGGGUGGAAAACCACACUUGUAGAUAGAUCGCUCAAUUACCCUUUCUCUGUUUGACAACUUUAUUAUUAUUAUUAUUAUGAUUUUCUUUCUGGAGACAUUCAGUGUACAUGUAGAAUGUGGAAGAGUUCAAACAUAUUUUACAUUCUUAGGAACUUGUAUUUUUACCAUAGGGGCAAAGAUAAAAAUUGAUAGAGAUGGUGAGAACUUGUCAAGUACUUUACGCAAGUGUCUUAUAACUGGAACGUCAGAUCAAAUUGCAAGUGCUAAGGGCCUUCUCGAUGAAAAGAUAGCUGAAGAUAAGGAAAUUUGGGCUCGUAGGGGAGAUACAGGAAUGCAGGGAAACAGACGUGCACCAAGAACAUUGGAAACUGCUCUGGGUUAGUUCUGUGAUAUAUUUACUACUUUUGUUAUGAUUUUUUAUUUAAUUAUUUUUAUUCAUUCAAGUAUUAUUUUCACUCAAUGUGAACAAAUGCACUAACCCAUCUUAUAAAAUUGUAGGUAAAAUUUAUUUUAUAUGAAAGAUCAUUGCAGUUAUAGACACAACUUUUGCAGUUGCUAAAAGAAAGCCUGAAAAAAAUUCAGGCUUGUAUGGGAUUCGAAACCCUUGACUUCUGCCAUACCGGUGCACACUCUACCAACUGAGCCAACAAGCCAACUGAGAGCAGGUCGUUGAAUUGGUUCGUUAUAAACUCAUGAAAGGAUGAUUAUGAAGUUAUGAAUAUAUGGAAAUCAUAUAUAAGAACUGCGGGGUGAAGGAUAGACACAACUUUUGCAGCUGUGAAAAGAAAGCCUCAUUCAAAAUUUAUUUUGUUAGUGUGUCAUGUAUAUCAACACCCGUAUUAGGCCUGUUCAUCAGCUAUUUUUUUUACACAACACACGUUUACUAAAUUGUUGUCAUUUUCUUAAUUUUAUUAUUCUUUCAGCUCCCUCAACAACAGGCACUGUACAAUUUCCAAAGACAGAAGAUUUUUAUGGGGUUUUUGUGUCAGCUAUCGACAGUCCUGGACAUUUUUGGGUGCAGAUUAUAACAAAAGAUUCUCCUGAUUUGGACAAACUUACAAACGAAUUGACACAACUUUAUUCAUCCUCUGAGGCACAUGCAGUCAUUAAUGCUUUCAAGGUUUGCAUGUUUUAUAAAAUACAACAUUUGUUCUGAUUGGUCAAAAACCUGGUGGUUAUUGUACUGGGCUGAGUUGUUCAAAGCUGGGUUAAGAUAACCCAGGGUUAGUUCGAAAUUUGAAUUCAGAUAUGAAAGCUUAAAAAGCAAAUCCAGUUUAAUUCUUUUUGUCAACAAUUUGAUGAUUGGCUACUCUAAAAAGAAUAGAGAAAAUUUGUCCGAGAAAAUGCUUUUGAUGAAAAGAAAAAGAGACCUGGGUUAAAAUUUAACCCUGGGUUAGCACUCAUCGGUCUUUGAGCAACUGGGCCCUGGUAAGUUCAUCAAAACUAUCUGACAGGUAAAACGACAGACAAGGCCUUGAUAGGUUGGUGCUAUUUUGUACAAUGGCCCAUUUUGAAUUUGCUCAAAUCCUCUUUAUCAAUGCAAUGUACCUGGUGCACUAAGCACCUUUCAUGUGAAAAUUAUUUGCAUGUUAUUGGUUACUUAUUUUGAUAUGAGAGAAAGAAGACUAGAACUUGCUUUGAAAAAGAUGCUGAAGGUACAAAUGUAGUUCAGAAAUAGAGGAUAUUUCAUGGCCGCACGGAGAUACAAAAUUUCUCUUCAAGUGUUGAAAAAUAUUUCAUGAGUGAGCGCAGCAAACGAGUGAAUUAUUUUUUUCAACACAAGAAGAGAAAUUUCGUAUCUUCAAGCAACCAUGUAAUGUUCUUUUUAUUAUAUAAACACAAAUGAAAUGCCAAACCAUUUUACUUAAGUAGUUUUUUGGUCUGAAAGGUGCAGUUUGUUAUGAAGCCAUAGCAGUGGUGAUAUUUUCACAUGUGAAGAUAACAUGUUAUUUUCAAGUGUGAAGAUAUCAAGUUUUCACGCGAAAGCUCACUUGGUAUUUCAUUGGUGUUUAUAUAAUAAAUAGAAAUAGCUUACGAUUUCAAAUAAGCAUCUAGCCCAUAAUUAACUAAAAUCGCAUAAUCCAGAAAAUAUAACAAACAUAAAUUCUAUUUCAAAGCUGUUUUGCUUUGGAAAUGUUGGGAUUCAAUUUUAUCCUUGGUUUAAAUUUUAUUUUCCUUUGUUUCAAACUCAUUAUCAUACAUUACAAUGAGCAAAAACAAAGGGAAAUAAAAUUUAAACCAAGGAUAAAAUUGAACCACACCAGAAACAACAUGGAGAGCCUCAGCCCUCUUUAAGACUGUCACUUUUGGGGUUAGUUCAUCUGGGAAUAACUCAAGGUGUCCAUUUUAGGAAAGUGUCUGUUGAGAUAGAGUCGGCUGUAAAUCUUAUUAUACCUAAUCUACUCUUAGUUUUUGAAGAAAUCACAUAUUUUGGCACUCUGUCCAUUCUACAUAAGUCAAAUAUUGUUUUGGUUUUUUAGGCAAUUUUUUAACCCAUGUGGGAGAUCACAAGAAAUGUUUGACAAAUUUUCCAAAAAUAAUGAAUAAUAUUAAAAUAUAUAUAUAUAGAUACGUAUAUCUACUUUAUACUUAAAGUGGCUUUUGUUAUCCUAGGUUGGAGAUAUUUGCUGUGCUCCAUUUGACUUCGAUACAUCAUGGUACAGAGCACGCAUUGUGGAAAUCAACAAAGAUGGAACAGUAGAGUUGUAUUAUGUGGACUUUGGAGAUUCUGGGCAAAUUUCCAAGGAAAAAUUAAGAGAACUGAGGUAAGGUUUUACGUUUUCAUUGACAAGGAAAGGAAUAUUGGUAUAGACUGAACUCAAAAAUAAUAGACACUCUGAAAAAAUGCUGCUGCAUUUUUUCAGCAAUAGUUUAAUGCUUUUUAAAAGGAGUAACAGACAGGAUGAUGCAAACACUCCCAUCUUUAUUUCCUUUACAGUGGCCAAAUGGUUUAAUCAUUAGAUAUGAGCAUUCCAAGCAGUAACUACAACAUGUUUUGGUUGUCAUGUAAAGAGGAAAAAACAUGGCCAUUAAAAUUGCAGUAAAAUUGCCCUGGUUAUGUGACAAGCCACUGUACUGCUACUAUUUUUGUUUGCAAUUUUCAAAGUGAGAUAAACAUGCAUGAAAUAUUACUUAUGCCUUGGUUUCUCUAUAAUUUACCUCUUACUAUCUGUCUGUCUAGGUAUUAAUCCUUGAGAUGUCUCAUCCACGUCAAAAUUUGAUCAUUUUUUUAUUAUUAUUUUGAUUUUACUUUUCUUGUACAGUGUAAUGUUGACCAACACUUUUGUCUGGCAACAAUUUUUGUAAUUUAAGCUCACCAAAAUUUGAUUUAUAGAAAAAAACUGUAGUUCAACUUGGAGCACUGCAUAUAUUGUCAGUUAGAGAUGUAGUCAAUUUUCAUUGUUGAUAUUAAAUUACAUAUACAUCUGAUGUGAAUGCUAGGAAUACAAAGCAUUGCAUUGCCUUUGUUUAUCUAUCAGGAAGGAACACAGGGGGCUUCCAUUUCAGGCUAUUGAGUGCUAUUUAGCUGGAGUAAAACCUUCAGGUAAUUAAAGAAUCCUUUCUGUUUACAUUAGUUUUGAUUUUAAUAGGGUGUAUUAUUACAUGUCACACACAUGGCAGGCAUCUCACAAGACAAAUCUUGUGCACUGCUGUCAAUCUGUGGUGGUGCUGCAACAUCUGGUGUGGCUGUGGAGUGCAUAAAGGCAGGCAGAUUCUGGCAGGUCAGCACCUACAUGUAACUGGCCUGGCUUGAGAUGGGCAGUAGCUUACGAGUGAACAAUAAUGGCCUCUCCCACCAUCAAAGGCUGUCUGCAGCAUCCUCCUCUAUGCCUAUGGAGGUUGGACUUAUAACCCGUAUCUACAAGCCUCCCAUGUUGUGUCGACACUGAAAAUAAUGACGCUGACCUCUGUAGGACACACACCUGGAUAGUUGAUAUGGAGACCCUGAGUUGUCCAGUCAUCAGAGUCCCCCUCUUGGCUGCACCAAUGGGAUCCAAAGAAGUGUGGAGCAUGCCAUUUGGCACCAGUUCAGCUGCAGGAGAUGCCAAGGGCAUCCAUUGAACCACCAAUCCACCUUAGGGGCUCCACUCUGGAUUUCCGUAGGGUUUACUCCAUAGCCUAUUCCCUUUCCCAUGACAACCUCACAAUGUAGUGAGGGGCCCUUUGAAAUCAGUGUUAGCCAAACUGCAUUCUCAUGUUAAACCAGCACAUUCAACCUACUUCAUUCAGGAUUUCCUUUGUUUCUAAUCCUAAACACUGUUGAUCUUUUUUAGGUGAAGAAUGGAGUGCUCUUAGGUGACUACUUAAACUCGCCGAAUCAGUGACACGAGUCACCCAAAGUAACUACCGUUCUCAUCACUUGAUGACACCACUUUAUGGAACAGACCUUAACUAACUGUGAACUGGACAGACGGUAAGAAAUAAAUGAACAUAAAUAAGAAAAUCCUUCCAUGACCAAGAAUUUACAGCAAAAAGCUGUUACAUAGCAGUCAAACCUUUUGUUAUAUAAGGGGCCCCCGUUCGUCCGAGAAGGGACAAGGUUCCACUUUUUAAUGAAUUGAAACACUCGUCUUGUGAUUGAGUUUUAUCCCGUUUGUUAUCCUUGUUCCUACACUUCUUGAUUCCUUCUGCUCUACGGAUUCGCUAAAUCUGAUUACAUGUAAUUCGUCACUAACGAUUAAGCCUUAUAUUGGACAAUGCCAAUCAUUGCAAUCACUACACACUUUAUUAAGGCCCGCCGACCACUAAAUUCAGACUACAGUUAUCUACUGCAACUGUUAGGACUGACCACUUAACAGAGGGUGAACGCUAAAUACAGCUUCCAUUGUAUUGGAUAUUUAACUAAUAUCCAAAGGUGACGACAUAUAUUCAAGCCAAAACAGGUGCCGUACGAUGACACCUUGUAUUAUGAUUACUUUUUUCGUUAUAGUUUUUGUGUUAGUUAUUACGUAGAUGCAAAUGUAGUAUGGAUAGAAGCAGAGAAAUAAUAUUUCUGGUACUUUAAAAGCUGUACAAAGCUGACUGGUUAAUGAUAUAAAUCAUGGGGUUUCAGGAUGUGAACAUCAACGAAGAAUUGGUGAAAAGGCAGUUUGCAGUCCGCGAUAGGUUGAGUCCAGCAAAUAAACAAGAGCAAGGUACAGUGUACAACGAUGAUUGGAAGUGAAUUGUUAUUACUGCACAGACGCUUGGUCUUAAUGAAUAUGAUCUAGACCUCUUACACUAAACAGUAUCAAAGAAAACAUUUUUUAAAAACUAACUUUUUAAAAUACUUACAGCAGAAAACUAACGGUAUCAUAAAAAUUACGUGUAGUAUUGAAAUGGUUAUUCAUAUAGACCAUAUGAAUGGUCGCAUUGUAGGAUUUCAUUUACUUAAUAGCGCGCGAACAGAGCCCAGUACCAAAACAUAUGGUACACCCGUUAAGCUGGGAAAAGUUGCACUUGUUUCUGCGCAAGUUCCGUAAGCACAGUUACACAGGGUACCAAGGUGGNAUUAUUAUUACUGCACAGACGCUUGUUCUUGAUGAAUAUGAUCUAGACCUCUUACACUUAACAGUAUCAAAGAAAACAUUUUUUAAAAAGCUAACUUUUUAAAAUACUUACAGCAGAAAACUAACGGUAUCAUGAAAAUUACGUGUAGUAUUGAAAUGGUUAUUCAUAUAAACCAUAUGAAUGCUCGCAUUGCAAGAUUUCAUUUACUUAAUAGCGCGCGAACAGAGCCCAGUACCAAAACAUAUGGUACACCCGUUAAGCUGGGAAAAGUUGCACUUGUUUCUGCGCAAGUUCCGUAAGCACAGUUACACAGGGUACCAAGGUGGUAAAGGGACAAUUUAGAACUCCAGAAGCGGUUUCAAAACUCUUAAUCAUACAGUACUUUGCGAAUGUAACUUCAAGGCUGACUCAGGGACUAAAAAGUAAGCUUGCGGUGAUGAAAGUUUAUUUUCAGUAAUUAUAUUCUAAUUUUCGCGAUUUGCUUAAAGUGCAUUGACAUUGUAGGGAGAGAUAAGUGGGACUUACCAUUCACCAAAGUGCCAAAAUGAUAAAGUUCGUAUCAUGAACGUGAAUACGGAAAAAACGAGCAGCAGUUUAUUAUGGUAUUGCUGAAGAGCUUUUGUUUGAAUGGGUCUAAACGGGAUUUUGUGCACUUCAGUUCUCCUCAACUGGCUGAGGGAGUUCAAAAGACCGUGAACAACGACGACUGUGACGAUCGCGGUCUAUAAUUUAGGCGUGAUCAUUGCCAAGUACUUCUAAAUUACAUCCGGUGUGAUUUUUUUGUCUUUAUCUUUCAUUUUACUUUUUUAGUUUCAGAACCCACUGAGGAGGCCAAAGAGGCCAGCAUGACACAACAAGAAACAGCUGAAGUAAUCAAGCAAAACCAAGUUGAACUUCAGGAGAGCGCACCACCGAUCACAAAACGUCAAGACUUCACUGAGGAGACAGAGACCCAAAAAGUGAACAUUGACGAUGUUCUCUUGGAAACGGCCAGUAAAGAUGUAACUGAUGCUCCCUCGUCAGAAGAUGUUGCUGACGGUAAUCCGAAGUUUCAUGUUCCCGUAACUCCCGACAUAGACUCGCCUGUUAAGGCCGCCGUAGUCAAGACCAUUUCUCAAGAUUACAUCCCCAAUCCUGUCAGCUCGGUACCUGAUAUGACUACUCCUGACGAAGGGGACCUUGCUUAUGUGGGUGUUGUCGAACAGCAGGGCUUAAUGUCCGUAAAACACAAGCAAGAAAAGAACGAAGUCGUUUUUCAAAGUGCUCUGAAUGUACAGCCUAAAAUGCCCAGCUUGGAUCUUACGAACACCAGAAAGCAGAGCACAGAAGAGAAGUCGGGGGGAUACCGCAGCAGUCUCAGUAUUUCACCUUCAUCUAGACGAACCAUGGCAGCGUCAUUCACUGGAAGCCGUCACGUGACAGAGAAGACCGAGACCUCUGUAAAGACCGUAACAAGCACUGUUCAGCGUCACGUGGUCUCCUCUAAACAGUCUUACGUCAGCACCGUCACAAUUCCUGAACACAGUAAUAAUAGCAAUGUUGUUGUGUCCGUGAAACCAAACGUUGCAAGACUUAUGGACGAGCCUUUUUUUGAUCAGGAAAAUCACGCGUUUAGAGCUUCCAAUGAAAGUACAACGUUUACCCAACACGCGGUGUCGUCUGAAGUACAUCGAACUGUCACGCAAGCUAAUGGAGGUGACACAAAAACUGAUUUCUCUGCGUUACAUCUUGAAGAGAAGAUAACGUCUCGUCCAUCUGCGAGUGAUGACAAGCAAACUGUGACUUAUAAAAUAAACUUUCACGGUAGACCUGGAAAGGAACCGUACACAGUCAUGAAAUCGUACUCCUCUUCAGAACACGUUCCAAAUACAGGUGACGCUAAUGGAGAAAUGUCGCCUUCAGGCUCUCUUUUGGAAAUCUCCACUAACACUGUGAUAGACGAGGAAGAAGAGUAUGAGCAACAACAGGAACACAUACCUCGUAACACCGAAAAUCAACAACGUGGCAACCAGCCAAUACCUGUUCGCUCAGAAAGCCCGGAACCAGACAGUGACACAGAGUCUUUUAUGAGCGCCAAAGAAGAUGUCACCUCUGAUACUGAUACUGCGGCUUACUUAACGGCAGGAGGCAGUACUGCCUCGCUGUACACAGACGCUGUUUCUCUUGUAGAUAGCUCUGCAGAAGAGGCUAGCACCCCGGUAAAUUCUGACACAGAGGUGGAAGAUGGGAACGAUGAAACUGCGCUGUCUGACACUCCAGAAUCUCCUGAAGAAAAUGAAGACGAUCGCAGUCGUUCAGACACGCUGAAAGGCUUAAGGGAACAAACUAUCAUCCUCGGAAGUGAGGUCACCUCCGAAGGCGAACUCGGUUACCGAGGAGAUUCCGAAGAAGGACUUGCCUCAAGUGACGAUCUACGAACAGCAGGCACUUGAGUGGCCUUGUACUCUGUUGCCGCCAACCUCCUGUGUUGGAAGGUCAUAAAAAGGGAUUAAAUUGCUCGUUUCUCCUUUGCAGGUGUCUACCACAUCAAAGCUUUAUUUGGGAUUAUAAUAAUAGAUAAGAAAAUAAAACAAAAUGGAUUAGAACAUUCUUUGGAAGAAAUUCCACGUUUACAGGUUCACUUACACUGGUCGGAAAGUUCCUGGUAAAAUUGUUCUGGCUUCCCAAGCAAUAUAAUAUUUGCUAACGAUAAUAACGCUCGUCAUCUUACAUUGCACGAAUUCUUUUAGGAGGUAAUCGAAAGGUUGUUAAACAUAUUUCUUUAACCAGUCAGAAGAAACCCAAAAAAGUGUUCUACAAUAAUUUAGCGCUGUUAAGUAUUAUUGGAAACGACUUAUUCACAGUAUGCUUUUUUAUGAGCCAACAUUUGGAUCUCAAAUUUAUCUAAUCCUCCUAAGAGUUCAUUUCAGUAUUUUCUCUUCCUUGGAUUCAUCUUUGGAUUCUUAGUGAUAGAAAACAAGCGAAUCAUCACGCCGACAGUUUUUGUCUCAUUUUACUCAUUUUUACCCUCACUUGAUCAGCCAUUAGAAUUUGUU